AUGGACAACCACCUCUUUCUCAAAGGCAAAAACAAGAGUCAAGUGCUUGCUUUCCUUGCCGCCCGUUUCGGCCGUAACGAGGUUUCAGCACGUACAUACGUGAACUUCACGAGAACAGCGACACCAUCAGCGUCCAGAAACCAAAGGCUUUUGCCAAAGGCGAAUGGAGUUGGACCUGUCUCGACCACCGAUCGACGCCACCUAGAACACCAUCGCCCCGAGGAAGCUCUUGUUCUUCCAUGGCUGCCAGUGCUAUGACAUCUGAAGGUGGUGUUGGCGGACCCGCCUUACCAGUGAUCCGGCCUUCUGCGCGUCGCUCCUUGCCGCCGUAGUCGUCGCAACUCGCAUCUCGCUCCUCUAGACGUGAACAACCAAAGAUUGUUGCACGUGGGUUUUGGUGGGGUAUAGCGGCGUGCUCAUUCUCGAAUAUCCGUCGAUUCCGCCCCUGCGUGGAUUCACUUUAAUAUGGGUGCGCAAGGACAGGCAGACGGCAAAAAGUUGACCGCGACGACGUCAAUCGAUGGCAUGAAGAGAUGAGGCCCGAGACUACCCCGAUAACCUCAAAAAGAAUAUAAUGAAGUUGCCGACAUAGUGUAUGCCAUGCGUGGCGCCUCUCCGAAAAACGCGGGUGUCUCAGGGAACGAGGUAAAGAUACCGAACGACGAGCAAUCACCUACCUGCGUGCCCUAUUAUUUCGACAGCAGCACCGACCGUACAACGUUCUUCGUAGCAAACAGCAUGACUCCGUUUUGGCUCAAGAUGUACCAUCGAGAUC